AUGGCGGGCAACCAUAGGUCUUCACACAUCUGGGAUGGACAGUGUUUGUCCCAGACCUUCCGCCCCAGACGUAUAGACGAUCUGUGGGAGUUCAUUAGGGACCACCCACUGCAUCGCCGUAUAGUUAGAUGCCUUCAGCGGACGGGUUUUUACAGGAUCAUAGAGAUCGUCCGGUUGCAGGUCGACUGGGCCCUGAUCACGGCUAUGAUAGAGUGGUGGCAACCGGAGACACACACGUUUCAUCUACCCAUUGGCAAGGCUAGCAUAGCGCUAGAGGAGUUAGAGGUUCUUUUCGGGCUGCCCGUUGAUGGUAUACCUGCAGCUUACCCGCAUGCUCUUAGAGACUAUACGGGAGAGGAUUGCCUUCAUAUGUUGCAACGACUCACCGGUUUCCAACCUGCGGAGCUGACUGUGUUAAGUGGGGCCAGUCGAUUGCAGCUCACGCCCGUUAGGCAGCAUCUGGUAGCGAUGGACGCGGAGAUUACUUAUGUUUUACUGUCAGAGGAUAUCGACUGGCGCAUGAGACUGUUGCUGCUGAUGAUGUUUGGUGGUAUACUGUUCCCGAACACUUCGUAA